UCUGCAACCCAAAGGAGCAGCACAGUCCUGGGAGGCGGGGAGGAUCCCUGGGUGAGGACUCGGGGCCGAGGGUGUUAAGUUUCAGCCGGGGAGCUUCGGACCGCUACAGCGGGGCAGCAGCCAGCUGCGGGCAGGAAGGGGAGGACCCAGCCCGGCGAGGGGGAGCCCCCGCGCGGGCUCAGGGCUGGGUCGGAAAAGCUGCCUCACGGGCGCGCCCGCCGGCCCCUCUGCUCCUUUCCUCCCUCCCAGAGCUCCCCGCCUGGCCCUCCCUUCUAGUCUCCGCUGCGCCCUCGCGGAGGCAGCGUUUGCCGCGGCCUUGCCAUGUCUCAGCCGGGCCAGAAGCCCGCGGCCUCGCCUCGGCCCCGGCGCGCUGCAGCGGCCCGCCAAACCCAGGAGCAUGCCAGUGAAAAAACCAGUGGAUCACCUUCCAAGUCAGGAGAAAAGAAAGGAUCAGAUGAGAAAAAAGCAACAAGCCAUGGCAGCAGUCAGCCUUCCAGAACCCAUGCUGGUGGAACAGCCCCGGCCACCAAGGUGUCAGCUUCUUCUGCUUCCACCAGCAAGUCUUCCAGUAUGAAUCCCACAGAAACCAAGGCUAUUCCAUUCAGCAAACAGAUGGAAGGACAGCAUUCCCCCAGCAAGAAAAGACCCAAAAAACAGGCUGUAAAAACAGAACCUGAAAAGAAGUCCCAAUCAACUAAGCCAUCUGUGGUUCAUGAGAAAAAAACCCAAGAAAUAAAGCCAAAGGAACACAAAGAGCCAAAAAGCCUACCCAAGCAUGCAUCAGAUACAGAAAGCAAGCAUGUUCAUAAUGAAAAAGCAGUUUCCAAAUCAAGUGAGCAGUCGACGUCAGAGAAAUCAACAAAACCAAAGACUAAAUCCCAGGAUGAAGUUUCUGCUGGCAGAGAAGGUGUUGUUGCUGGGAUACCGGCAGCAUCUGCCAAGCCAGAUAACAAGAAAAAAGAAAAAUCAUUAACAUCUGCUGUACCAGUUGAAUCCAAACCUGGUAAAUCAUCUGGAAAGUCAGACAUGGAUGCUGCUUUGGAUGAUUUAGUAGACACUUUAGGAGGACCUGAAGAUACUGAAGAAGAUAACACAACAUAUACUGGACCUGAAGUUUCAGAUCCAAUGACUUCCACCUACAUAGAGGAAUUAGGUAAAAGAGAAGUCACAAUUCCUCCAAAAUACAGGGAACUUUUGGCAAAAACAGAAGGCAUCACAGGGCCUCCUCCAGACUCUUCGAAACCCACGGGGCCCAAUGAUGCCAUAGAUGCUUUGUCAUCUGACUUCACCUGCAGUUCUCCUACCGCUAGUGGAAAGAAAACUAAGGAAGAGAAGUCUACAGGAGAAGAAGUUCUAAAAGCUCAGCCAGCCAGGGUAGUCAAAAGUCCUGCUUCACCCCAAGAGAAAAAAAGAAAGGUGGAGGAGGUAGAACCUGAGCUCGACCUCAGCUCCAUUAAGGAAGUCGAGGAGGCAAAAGCCAAAGAAGAGAAACUAAAAAAGUGUGGUGAAGAUGAUGAAACCGUCCCAUCGGAGUAUAGAUUAAAGCCAACCACGGAUAAAGAUGGAAAACCGCUUUUGCCAGAGUCUGAAGAAAAACCCAAGCCGCUUAGUGAAUCAGAACUUAUUGAUGAACUUUCAGAAGAUUUUGACCAGCCGAAAAGUGAAGGAAAACAAUCUAAGACAGCCAAAAAAACAACAGAAGCCUCUCAGGCUGCUGCCCUGACUCCUGUGAGCGAGGCUGUGCCUCGGACUUCCAUGUGUACGAUACUGUCCGCACCGACCAAGUCAGCUGCCCUGGUGAGUGUUGCNNNNGAUGAUGCUGUAGAAGCCUUGGCUGGUAGCCUGGGGAGAAAGGAAGCAGAUCCAGAAGAUGGAAAGCCUGUGGAGGAUAAAGUCAAGGAGAAAGCCAAAGAAGAGGAUCGUGAAAAACUUGGUGAAAAAGAAGAAACAAUUCCUCCUGAUUAUAGAUUAGAAGAUGUCAAGCAAAAGAAAUUUGAAGAAGCUAAACUUUCUGCUGCCAUCUCUGAAGUGGUUUCCCAGACCCCAGCUCCAUCCACAUACUCUCCUGGCCCGCCCCCUCAGACUGUGCAGAGUGACAACAAAGAACUGGACAAUGCCUUGGAUGAACUUUCCGACAGUCUAGGACAAAGGCAGCCUGAUCCAGAUGAGAACAAACCAAUAGAGGAUAAGGUCAAGGUAAAAAAUAUAGACAAAGUCAAGACAACGGCUCCCACCUCCAAAGCACCCAAGAAUGGGGGUAAAACAAAGGAUUCUGCGAAGGCAAAGGAGGAAACUCCCAAGCUAAAAGCUGAUGGAAAAAAUACAAGUUAAAGUUCACACUAUUUGGGUAUCUGCCUAUAAAAUCUUCAGCUGGUGGAUGGUGACUUUUGAAGGACAAAAGGCUUUGAACAACAGAAAACUUUCCUGGGUGGCUUGUAGACAGUGUUACUUGUUGACUCUUGAGAUCCUAAACAUUGGUUAUUCUUUUCCCAGAAAGAAAAUGAAUUUGUCUGGUCCAUCUGGGUAACUGUUCUGAGUAUUGAUAAACUUUGAAUUUUUAAAAAUUGCCUUCAGUUGGGAGAGACGGGAACUCUAUAUUUUUAAGAGAUAUAUUUGAUAGUUUCUUAAAACAAUAUAUAAAAGGAAGAACCUUUGCAAACUUUUGCACAUUAUACACACAGUGCCUGUAAAUCUCAUUAGUAUUUUCAGUUUGCACUUAAUUCUUUUAUUGUUGUUAGCAUUGGGAAGACAAUGCUUUGAACGUGUUUAAUGUUCUGAUUUCUCAUUACCCAUUCCUCUUGGGCUUUAGAGCUAUAUUUGAUGUUUCUUUGGGUUAAUGUUUAUAAGUCAAACAUAAAAUAUUGUACAUUGGGCACAUAUCUCCUCUGGGGCUGCUAAUAAAUUAACAGAUAACCUGGGCAGACCAGGACACUCUGCACCCAGUACUUUUUUUUUUUUUUUUUUUUUUUGGCCAGAGGUUAGGACUUCUGCACUGUAGAGCCAGCACAAGACAUACUGAGACUGAAAUCAAGCCAGAAGAGCAAAAUGCAGACUACAUGUCACUGCCUAGCAAGCUCUAAGAAUAAGAAAAUCUAAUCCUUAGAAUAUUCAUAUCCCUUAAACUCACUUGGAUUACUGUGUUAAGCUGUGCUUUCCAUUUUUGAAUCAUAUAAGCAAGCAGCAAUUAUUUGCUUAGACCAUUGCCAUGGUAGUCUGUGCACUGUGAGCCAUCGGCUUUAAGGAAGUUAAGUUUACCAAAGACAAAAACUUUGAUUUAAGCUAUCUGAAAUUUAAAAACCUGCUUUUUCACCCACAGCAAUUCAAGAACGAGGUUCUGAUGUCAUACACCUUUGAAUGGUUUCUGAGAUCUUUUGGAAUGAAUUGUUUAUGAACAUAGGACUGACAUCCUUGAGGGGAUUUUGAUAAAUACUUAAUUUCAUCUUUAUUUCUUGGUACUGAAUGCAGGAAAAAGUAUCAGGUACAUGUCAUAAAACUGAUUUGGAAUUCCUCAUUUCAGAGAGUACAGCCUUCCUUAGCAUGUGUUUUAAGUUUUUCUUAGAACAUAGCCAACUUCACUAAAAAUGGGAAAUCCCACUAAUACUAUUCAGGAAGUGGAGGGAGAAAAAAGCAACACUGCUUAUAUUCGGGCAUAAAAUGAUACUGCUUCUCUUCAGAAAUUCUCAUGAAAAAUCAUGCACGUACCUGUAGGAUAUCACACUUACCCCCCUUUACAUGCUACGUAUCUAUCCCAUGAGAGAUGCGGGCAUUAUUCCAUUACUCCAAAUCUGGGAAAUAGAAGCCAGUGUUGGGGAGAGUAAACAGACCUUUUCAAAGCACUGACAAGAAAAUGAACACUGUUCCUGUGGGAUUUCAACUGUAUUUCUGAGUCUUCUAAUUAGGCAGUAUAAAGUUUUUUUUCUUUUUUUGAAAGUGAAAUCUUUGACAUUGACAAAUGUGUUUGUAGGGAAAUGGCUGCAGUAUUACUAAUUUCCAUGCAUAUACAGAAAUGUUUUUAAAUCCAGAGAUUUAAGAACUGCUUGUAAAAGUAAACAUUAAAGGUACCCUGAAUAUGCCUUUUUGUUCAUUAGAAAUGUCUUUACGACUUGGUCGUUUACUGAUAAUUAAUGAUGACUAGACUGAGCUACAGAAUCUGAGUCGUCUUUUACCUGUCUAAUUAGGAGGAAAUAAUUGCAAAUGUCUGCUUAGAAGUAAAUAAGACAAUUUUUAUUCCCAAAAAGGUAUUUGCACAUUGUUGUAGCAAUACUGUUAUUUAGAAAAUGGAUUUCUCCAAAGGCAAAUUAACAUAGGUUCCUCAGGUGACCAAAACUGAAGACCACUAUUUCCAUGUUUCAUUAAAUCAAAAAUACAAAACAAUUAAAAAUAUUUUACAUUAAAAA